AUGGAGAGGAGCUGGAGGAUUGUAGAGAUUAAUGAGGUCAUGGCUGUUGAGAAGGUAGAGAAAAGGAAGAAGGAAAGAAACGAAAGGUCAGAAAAUACAAUCACAAACGAUCUUUGCGGUAAAAUGCCGCAGGUAGUUUCGUCCUUGUCACAUCUCACUCGACUUCUCUUCCUGUUCUGCUCUCUACUAUCGUCAUUAAAGGGACGUAACUCACACUACACAGAGGACAAAUCAAGCGAACCUGCUAUUUUCACCUCACUUUCACUUAAUUAUGAAUUAAUUUCCUUUACAGUUUGCUGCCCCAAAAAUGUCUCCAAGUUUAAGGAUAAGCGGAGUUAUGAGAAAUGA